AUGUCAUCUUCGUCCCAGUCUCAGCAACUGGCUGAUAAGAGCACUGAAAAAUCACAUACCACCUCUGCACACCACACACAUUCUCAUGAAGAAGAGCACCAUUCGCUAUUUGGACAUUCACAUUCACACGGCCACCAUCAGCCCAAUGAGUUGUUACCUCUUUCAAAAGAGUCUAUAGUGAAAAAUCCGGCUGUGAGAAUCACCUGGAUCGGUCUUAUCGUAAAUGUAUCUAUGGCUCUUUCCAAAGGUAUUGGUGGAGUCUACUUUCAUUCUCAAGCUCUCAUAGCCGAUGCUAUCCAUUCGGUGUCUGAUAUGUUAGCUGACUUUUUGACGUUGGCAACCGUCAAUGUAGCUGCUAAAGUGGGCACUCCCGUCAAGUUCCCUUUGGGGUACGGCAAGUUAGAAACUGUAGGAUCUCUCAUGGUUAGUUCAGUUCUUCUCUUUGCGGGAAUAUCCGUAGGUUGGAACUCACUUUUGCAGGUAUUUGAGUUCUUUUUACCUACAUAUUUGUACGAGUAUGCCUCUAUGAUUCACAUAGGCCAUUCGCAUUCUCACACUAGUCUUAACACUUCCGAUGGAGGCCAUUCGCACAGCCAUAGCCACGGAAGUUUAGCAGGUGAAGACUACGAGUUGGACUCCAGCCUUGCAGCAACCAGACAAGCUCCCAACAUCAAUGCUGCUUGGCUUGCAGGUGCAUCUAUUAUCGUAAAAGAGGUAUUGUUUCGAAAAACCAUGAAAAUUGCUGUUCAAACCAACUCCAAGGUUCUUGUAGCAAAUGCCUGGCAUCACAGAGUUGAUUCCUUGACUGCAUUUGUGGCUUUAUUGACAGUUACUGGUGGUGUAUUUUUCAACAUUGCCUGGCUAGACUCGAUUGGUGGAAUCUGUGUGUCGGCAUUGAUCAUCCGAGCUGGCUGGGGUACAUUCAAAAGCGCAUGGUUCGAGUUGAUUGACCGUGGUGAAGAGCCUGGUACUGAAGAUUACAAUAAGAUCCAUGACAUCAUCACUGAUGAGUUGCUGGACAAUAGCGUCUUAGACACAUUUACUUUGUCGCAGUUGUCUGUAAUGACGUCUGGAGCCAACACCAAUAUAUAUGUCACAUUAUCUACCAAGGAGAAUUUUGACUUGAAGACGUUGAACCAGAUCGAACACCAAGUCAAGCUGGCUAUCUGCAAGGAAGAUAAGUUCGUGAGAAACAUCUAUGUUCUGUUCAAGUCCCAGCAGACAGAAGCAGAAACAAAGAAGCCAAUGGAACAUUCUGACUCACGUUCAGAUUCACAUAACCAUAGUCAUUAG